CAGUCGACGAUAAGGGUCAGGGGCAGCAGUGUGAACUCUUCGACCUCCUGCACUGUGAACAGGCGGCUGGUGUUGAACGUUUCUCUUGUAGAUAAAUCUCUCCUAAGCCAUGGCAACGUCUGUGAAGCUCAAUACCGGGGCAGAGAUGCCCAUCGUCGGUCUUGGCACGUGGAAGUCUCCUCCAGGUAAAGUGGCAGAGGCUGUCAAAGCAGCCAUUGCUGCAGGGUACAGACACAUUGAUGGGGCCUUUGUGUACCAGAAUGAAACAGAGGUCGGAGAGGGAAUUCAGGCCAUGAUUAAAGAUGGUGUGGUUAAGAGAGCGGAGCUGUUUGUGGUCAGCAAGCUCUGGUGCACCUUUCACGACAAGACUCUGGUGAAGUGUUCUUUUCUGAAGACUUUAAGUGACCUUAAGUUGGAUUACCUGGACCUUUACCUGGUUCACUGGCCAAUGGGCUUUAAGGCUGGGUCAGAGUUGUUCCCGUUGGACAGUGAAGGGUUAACCAUCAGUGAUGACACCAAUUUCUUGGACACCUGGGAGGCCAUGGAGGAGUUGGUGGAUGCUGGGUUGGUCAAGGCCAUUGGUAUCUCCAACUUCAAUCGAGAACAAAUUGAAGCAAUCCUGAAUAAACCAGGACUCAAGUACAAACCAGCUAACAAUCAGAUUGAAUGUCACCCCUACCUGACUCAGGAGAAGCUGAUUAGCUACUGUCAGUCCAAAGGCAUUACAGUUACUGCAUACAGUCCUCUGGGUUCUCCAGACAGACCAUGGGCUAAACCUGAAGAUCCCUCACUGCUUGAUGACCCAAACAUCAAAACAAUUGCAGAGAAACAUAAAAAGACCACUGCCCAGGUUCUCAUCCGCUUCCACAUUCAGAGAAAUGUGAUAGCAAUCCCAAAGUCUGUUACACCUCAGCGUAUUCAAGAGAACUUUCAAGUGUUUGAUUUUGAACUGAGUGAUGAGGAGAUUAAGACAAUUUUGGGUUUCAACAGGAACUUCAGAGUUUGUCCAAUGCAUUGGGGUGUGAAGCACAGAGACUACCCAUUUAAUGCAGAGUAUUAAAAGAUGACAUCUCAGAACAUGCUGUCUGGUGAAUAUGAAUGACUCUGUUCCUGGAAUUGUCUUACUUGUGUACUUGUGUAAAAGUUGUGUACUUGCAAAACAGAGUUGACUGUUUCUGAGAAAAUUGUAAAGCUUCCAGUUCAUCAUUGUUGGGCUUUGAAUUUUUGAAAUUUAAAGCAAGCCUUGUUAUAGCAACAGCCAUACCUUUGCCAAAUGAAUGCUCUUUCCCCACCAACCUCAAAUACAUUGCAUUCACAAAGUAUUCAGACCCCUUCAUUUUGUUAUGUUACAAUGCUUUAAAUAUUUUUUUCCACAUCAAUCUAUCCAUAUCCCAUAAUGACAAAGCAAAACAGGUUUUUGAUAACUUUGCAAAUAUAUUAAAGAAAAACCUGAAAUAUCUCAUUGACAUAAGUAUUCAGACCCUUUGCUAUGACACUUGGUGCAUCCCAUUUCUCUGGAUCAUCUUUGAGCUGUUUCUACCCUUUGAUUAGAGUCCAUCUGUGGCAAAUUCAAUUGACGGACAUGAUUUGGAAAGGCAAACACCUGUCUAAUAUAAGGUCUGACAGUUGAAAAUGCAUAUCAGAGCAAAAACCAAGCCAUGAGGUCAAAUGAACUGCCUGCAGAGCUCAGAGACAGGAUUGUGUCAAGAAACAGAUCUGGGGAAGGCUACAAAAAUAUUUGGCUGCAUUGAAGGUUCCCAAGAGCACAGUAGCCUCCAUAAUUAUUAAAUGGAAGAAGAUUGGAACAACUAGGACUCUUCCUAGAACUGGCUGGCCUGCCAAACUGCGCAAUCGUGGGAGAAGUGCCUUGAUAAUGGAACCCGAUGGUCACUCUGGUUGAGUUCUAGAGAUCAUGUAUGGCGAUGGGAGAAACAUGCAGAAGGACAACCAUCACUGCAACACUCCACCGAUCUGGGCUUUGUGGCAGAGUGGCCAGAUGAAAGCCUCUCCUCAGUGCAAGACACAAAAAAAGCACCUGAAGGACUCUCAGACUGUGAUAAACAAGAUUAUCUGGUCUGAUGAACGAAGAUUGAACUGUUUGGCCUCAAUUCCAAGCGUCUUGUCUGGAGUAAACCAGGCGCCGCUCAUCACCUGCGCAAUACCCUCCCAACGGUGAACCAUGGUGGUGGCAUCAUGCUGUAGGGAUGUUUUUCAGUGGCAGGGACUGGUCAGAGUUGAAGGAAAGCUGAGAGCAGCAAAAUACCGAGAUAUCCUUGAUGAAAACCUGGUCCAGAGUGCUCAGGACCUCAGACUGGGCCGAAGGUUCACCUUCCAACAAGUCAGUGACCCUAAGCACACAGCCAAGACAACGCAAGAGUGGUUUAGGGACAACUCUGUGAAUGUCUUUGAGUGGCCCAGCCAGAGCCCGGAUUUGAACCCAAUUGAACAUCUCUGGAGAGAUCUGAAAAUGGCUGUCCACCGACAGCCCCCACACAAAUCCAGGUGUGCAGUUUGUUACAUCAUACCCAAAACUACUUGAGGCUGUAAUCACCGCCAAAGGUGCUUCAACAAAGUACUGAAUUAAGUGUCUGAAUACUUGUCAAUGUGAUAUUUCAGUUUUUCCUUUUUAAUAAAUUAUAGUUAUAAAAACAGUUAUUUAAAAAAAAAAAUAAUUGUAUUAUGGGGUAUGGACUGGACUGUAGAAUUAAGAUUGAGGGGGAAAAUUUUGCCAUUUUGGCAUAAGGCUGCAACAUGACAAAAUGUGGAAAAAAUAUUAAGGGGUCUGAAUACUUUCAGAAUGCACUAUAUGGAAGUCUUAUUUGUUAGUAUUAAUAAAAAUGGAUAGCUGUUGCAGUUACACAAUAUGGUGUACACAUGGAAUCCUUAAAUGUCUUGCACCUGAAAAACAAAAACUAUUCCUAAUUAAGAAAUUCUUGAGAAAUGCAAGCAUUUGUAACUAGCAGAUUUAUUAGAAAGAUGUUACAGAUUUUGCCCAAUUGGUCAAAUAACAUGACCACAUGAAAAGUACAUGCUUUAUUAAGUUAUGAAUUGGUUUGGAGAAUAUUAUUUUUUAAAUAUUUGUUGAUUCGGUCCUUAUUUCAAUAAUGAUAUAAAAGCACUUCCAGUUUAUUUGUAAGAGCAGCUAUUUGAUGUGUAUUGCCUGAUGUAAUUAAUUGAAAUAAACAGCUUUCUGCUUUGUCUUUAACAACUUAUAUGACCGUUACUCAACAUUUAUACAAGUUUUUACCCUACAAUGGUUCAGUUGAAUAAAUGCUGAUAAUGUGGUUUAUCAGCUAUCACUCUCUUGCCAUAUCUGCCUUCAUAGACAGAUAGAUGGAUAAACAAUCUUUACUGACCCUCAAGGGGAAAUUCAGGAGUUGUAGUUGUAAUCACACUGCAGUUGGGAUGUAAGGAAAUUAUGUUCACUAAGGCUUUAGUAUUCUGCAUUCAAUG